AUGGUUGUAGAUAUUAUUAACGAUCAACAACAUUUUAAUCAUUUGCCUUUUACUCAUCACCAACAUCGAACGAAUACAAGAUAUGAAGCCAAUACCUCAACAACACAAACAAGAACAGUUUUAGCAAAUGAUCAUCAUCAUACAUAUCGUUUAACGUCAGAUUCACUAAGUAAUAAAGCCCAAAAAAUACUUGGUCCACCAAACGCUGCAUUUAAGCAAAAUUCAGAAUUUAAUGAUUAUCCUCAAACAAAUCGUCUAAUUAUCGAGUCAUCUACUACUGUUCCAACACGUGAUUCUCAAAUUCCUUUUGUUGUAAAUAAUACAAGUCCUUUAAAUGUAAAUGUAUCUAACAUUUCCGUCUCAAGUGAAUCAUUUAUGCCCUUGUCUAAAUCAGACGGUUCUGGUUUUAUUUCAUCAUCAAAUAUUAAAAAACGUGUACCUAUAGUAGAAAAACUUGUCCCACUCAUUUUAAAGCUAGUUAAACAGCCAAAACUUCUUCCAAACAAUGUUUCCAAUGUGUAUCCAAAACGAAUCAACCAUAAUGAACGGUAUGCAAAUAGUGAUAAUCUUCAAUUAAGUGAACCAAGUGACAAUGAAGUUGAAGAUAAUAUAACAGUAAAGCCUCAAAAUGUAAUGCUCAAUAAUCACAAUCGUCUCUCCAAGACUGAUGAUGAUGAAUCAGAAGAUGAUGCUUUUGAUGAGAAUAGUAAUCAAAUAAAUGAGAAUCAACAAAAUAAAAGAAAAUGUUCCGGUAUUAUCCAUCAUUCUUUAUCGAGAGACGACAGUAAUAAACUUGACAGUGAUUUACAGCACAGUGAUAUGGAGAAUGAAGAAGACCAUCUUCCAAAAGAAUCCAAUUUUUCAUUGAGCUUUUUUGUUGAAAAACAAAUGGAUAUGGGAUAUCAAAAUUAUCGUAAUGAUGAUGACUCUCGUAAUACAAAUUCAGGUGUUCGAUCACAAUCUUCGCCUUUACAUACUAUAACUAAUGAGUCUGAGAAAGAUAAAGAUGAAAAAAAUAUUGAUCAACAACGAACAGUCGUUAGUGUAAGCUCAACAGGAUUUCUACCAACAUCGAAUAAUUCUGCUCCAAUAAUGGAUGAAUCAACAUCGAAUUCACCUUCUCCAUCGAAUCUAUUUGUGUUACCACCAUCAUUAACAUCAUCCGCAAUAAUUAAAAGUGAAAAUAGUGAAUCGAUUUGUACAGCACCCAUGAGUCAGAUGUCGAUUUCAGAUGAAGAUGAUAUCAGUAAUUAUAUGGAUAAAAAAUCAAGUGGAUUAAAUGAAAUACAAGUUGAUAAUAAACACAGUGAAUAUAGUGAUCCAGGUUAUGUGUCGUGUACCACUGAACAAGUAAACUCACAACCACCAAAUGAUGCUGACGAUAACAGUAGUAAUAAUAAUACAACUGAUAAUCUAGUAUAUGAUUUAGAAAUAUCGUCAUCGGACGAUGAUGAACAUGAAAUAGUUUUAACAAAACAUAGAACUAAAGAUAAAAGCAUUAAAAAUCGUCGUAGAUCAACUCUCUUGUCCCCUCCGUCUUCCUCUUCAUGCUCACCUUUAUCCUCACCAAUAUCAAUUGAAAAAUUAAUUCAAGAAAAUAUUAUUGUACAAACAGUCAAUAAUAAUAGUGAAACAAAAACUAGUCCAAAAAUCAAACAAGAAACGCCACCACCAUCCGUAGUCAGUUCGAAAGAAUAUCCUACAACAAAAAGAUUGAAAAUAGAUCAUAAAAUAGAGGUUACACAGAAUGAUAUACGAAAGUCUAGAAUUGAAGAACAAUGGACGGUGGCACAACAUGAAUCUGAUAAAAUAACAAAAUUAUCUACCUUCUUAGCCGAUUCAAGUGCCCAAAAUGAUAAUUGCCAGUUUUUAAUUAACGACCAUAAACAAAAAACAUCACCAAAACAACAACAGCAAGAGCUAUUACCUGUUGCAGUAUCUGAAAUAAAUGAUGAAAACAUCAAAACAUCUCCAACUUCGCACGUUAAUUUGUCAUUUAACUCAACCGUCGUAUCACCACCACAUCGUAAAAUGAAACGUCUAAAACAUAAAGAUCGACACCAUCGUGAGAAACUAUUGUUAGAAACAUUUUCCAAACAAUUAGUUGUAAAUACAAAAAUUGAUACGAAACAUCCAAUAUUAACUAUAAGCAUACCAUUACGAUUAUUCAAAGAAAAAUCGAAAAGAAAUGAACUUAAAAAUGAUGAAAUUAAUAAUGAUCACAAGAGUAAUAGUUCAAAACGCAAUUUAGAUGGAUUUAACAGAAUAAGACAAAGUCAUCUAGAAGAUAAUGAAGUGAAUGAAAGGAAAAAGAUUACUGACGAUCUAACGAUAAAUAAGAAAAAGAAAACUAGUCAUUAUACAAAGUCACAGGAUAUUAAUAGCAAUAACAAUUUUCAGACAACUAGCGAGCAUCAUACAUUCAAAAAUACGAAUGAAAUGAAAACAAAUAAUAUAACGAACAAUAUCGAUUCAGAAGUGAAUGUCAACACAUCAGUGAGCAUGCGUGAAAAUCAUCUAACUAAUGAUCAUUCAUCUCCAAGAAAACCAAAAAUGUACAGUGUAUCAGUUGAAUGUAAUUUACUGAAAAUAGAUAAACCUAUGAGUUUUAAAACAUGUGAAACGCAAACAACAGAAAGUUGGCAUUCUUCAAAAUUACAACAGCAACAGCCAACACCGCCUGAUAUGAUGAACAAAACUAAUUAUACAAAGUUGAAAACCAUGAAAUUAUUUGAAUUAGAUUCGUUAGCUAGACAAAGAAAGAAACUGGCCGAUGGUAUCAAACGUUUAACAUCCGAACAAAUGAUGUUAUAUUCGGAAUCUGUUUGUUAUUUUAUUUUGUGUGCUGUUGGUGAAAAAAAUAUUGAAAGACGAUCUGGAUUAUUAAAAGAAACGUUGAAUAUGUUAAUACAAUGUUUUAAUCAAAAUAGACGCUUUACGCCAACAAGUUCUUGUCCUAAUGAUCCAUUGAUAGAUGUUCGUCCAAAAUUUUUACUCAUCUGUUAUUGGUUACAGUCAUUUUUGUAUCAUUUGUGUUUUAAUGUAAAUAUGCCUACGUUAGAUCAUUAUAUGCCAAACGUUAAUGACUUUUUAAAUCAAGUUCGAUCCCUAAACGCUAAAAACAAUACGACUACUACUACUACCACUACUACUACUACUUUAUCGUCAGCGAAAUCUGUUACAGCGUCCGGUAUUGUUCAGAUGACACCUGGAUCCGAUAAUCCAAUAUCACCCGCUAGCAAUAUCUCAACAAAUUCGCAAGCCAGCUCAACAAAUACAGAUACGAUUCCAAAUAUUGAAAAUAAUCGUAAUGUAAUUGAUUAUUCAAAAAUAAUGAUGUAUUCCUAUCAUAGCCAAGUAUUUUGGAAUAAAGUUGAUCGACAUAUAAGCGAAAAUGAAACACUAAAAGAAUUUGUUAAACAAUUACAACGGCAAAAUUGUAAUAGACGGUUAUCACGUGAUGAUAACCCACAUGAUUUUAUUGUGUACAUUUUUAAUGCUAUCGAGUUAAUGCGUUCAACUCAAGCUUAG